CCUCAUAACCCUCAAAAUUACCCCGUGCCACUGUCCCCUCAGCUGCCCCCCAUCUCAAAGCAAAUUGAGCUUAGUCGGGCCAUGUCUGCUUCUUCAAAAUCCAGCCUCUUCUCUCUUUCAAGAGCGGACAUUCUAUACGAAGACGAAUGGCUUCUCGCUGUUAAUAAGCCCCAGGGUAUUUACUGCGAGAGUGUGCUCUCCUCUCUCACUUCAGCUCUCGCUCUACCCUCUCCCUCAGAUGGACUCACAGAAGGAACUAAAAUCAGCUUGCCAGAGCCAGUGCCUGAGCCUGAGCUUCAUCUUGCCAAUCGACUUGACCGUGACACAAGUGGUGUCAUGGUCAUAACAAAGUCCCACAAAGUGGCCGCUAAACUUGUCAAAGCAUUCACUGAUCACAAGGUUAGGAAAACAUAUAUUGCCCUCUGCGUUGGUUCAGCUCCACAGUGGGGAAAGAUCACUGUAAGAUCAGGUCACGGGAGGUCCAAGUUCGGUGCCUGGCGGGUAUAUGCUACUUCAGAUGUUGGCAGGACGCUACCAGGUGGAUCAGUAAUCCGAGACAUGGAAACUUCAUUUGAAGUAUUAUCAAUAAAUGGAAAAGGGAGUUUCAAGGAACCCUUUGAAUCUACAAACAAUGAAGGCUUUACUGUGGUUGUGGAACAAAAGGCUGUCAGAGGAGAUGUUAUGGAAGAUGAGAUCCUGGUGAGAGCAUAUCCUCGCAGUGGAAGGACUCAUCAGAUCCGCCUGCACUGCCAAUAUCUUGGGAUUUCUAUAAAAGGGGAUGUGAAAUACGAGGGAGUCUAUGAGUGGCGAGAUAAAAUUUAUGAUGCCCAUCAGCUUCAUGCAGAAAGCAUGUCUUUUGAGCAUCCUGUUACCGGUAUGCAGACUGUUCUCCAUGCACCUCUGCCAUUGUGGGCCAACCAGACUUUGCAGCUUUAAGUUAUAGGCUUCCUGGGCUUGGAAGAAAAUAAUUCAUGGUGUUUUGAGCAAGUAUUUUUGGCAUCUCAUGGAUGAAGUUUUUUU